AUGGACAACACCAAUACUUCACCAGGUUCGUCUUCUAAUGUCUCUCCAACCAAACCCCAGCAACAAUCAGAGGCUUAUGGUUAUCCCAAACAUGAAAUCGGGUUUGGAAAUUCUCAUUCUGUUCCAGUUCCAUUAUAUUCACAAGAUAUAUGGAGCGGCCAAAGUGACAACCCUGCAGGACAAUUUUUGGGUUCUAACAACCUGAAUGCGCUAAGUUUGACCAGGAAUAGUAACCCUAUACUAGACGCAUAUGCUGGCUUUCAAUCUCAUGAAGUGGCUGAGAAGAGUGGAAUGUAUUCAAAUAUUAACUGGUAUCAAAGUUCAGGAAUAUUGAAUAUGGGGAAUCAAUGCAGCUUUGGCAAUGAAUCAAUGCUGGGAAGCAGCAAUAUAGCUCAAAUGGCAAUGACUCAAUCUGGCUCACAGAACUUGCUAGAUAGCUUGCUGAAGAAGGACCCCAGAGUAACAACUAAGAUAUUUGAAGGUGUUUACAAUUUCCUAUUUGAGGUGAUGAAUGAUUCAAAUGGACAUCAUCUUUUUGCAAAGCUAAUUCUGUCAUGCAGCGAUAACCAGUUACACCGCAUUGUAGCAAUGAUAGCUUUGAAUGUCCGAUUACUCAUCAACACAUCAGUCAGCAGAUAUGGCUCUAAAUCAGUUCAGAGGCUGAUCAAGGUGCUUGAGAAAUCACCAUUGAUUGACAUCGUGAUAGCAGCUCUAUCCAGUGGAUUCGAAGAAUUGAUGACCAAUCGUUCAGGAUCCUUGGUUAUAUUGAAGUGCUUAAACCUCAACAAUGAGAAAAAUCAGAAACUCUAUGAAACUGCUAUAAAUCAUUGCAUUCCAUUGGCUCAGAAUGAAAAGGGUUGUAUAUACUUGAAUGAGUUCAUCACCAACAGUAAGACUCCAUAUAGAGAGAAGCUCAUAGCUGCGAUCUCAAGCAAAUCAAAAUUCCUUUCUCAGGAUCCUUCAGGGAACUUUGUUGUUCAGCACAUCCUCGGACUCCACAAUCCCAAUUUCAGUGAGCGCAUAUGUUUGGAGCUGAGAGAUCUUUAUGUUCAGCUCUCGCUACAAAAAGGUGGCAGUCAUGUUGUAGAGAAGUGCUUAAACUCUUCGGGGAUGGUUCAUGUGGUAACUGUUCUUCUUGAGUAUGAAAAACUUUGUCAAGUUGCAAGGGAUCAAUAUGGAAACUACGUGAUCCAAACAGCGUUGAAGAGCACAAAGCGCGCAAAGAGUCCCCUUCAUCAAAUGCUUGUGUCGAAGCUCUUAAAGAAUCCGAAUGAGCUUAUGUUUGGGUUUGGAAAGAAAGUGCUUGGUUUGAUUCACAAUGGGAUCCCACUAGAGUAA